GCUUGCGGGGAAACACAUAAAACCGCAGGAGGCAGCUGGUGGUGGCAAGAUGAGCACUUGAGUCUCAAGCCACUCAUAGCUCUUCUGAUUCACUGCUGGACUCCUCUACUUCGAAGCACCCCUGAACUUCAGCCCAGACCCGGGUGUGCGAGCCCUACAGCACACCUGCCCUCCUCGCCCCGGCGCGCCCCGCUCCUCCUCGAUCCCAGGUUCUGCUCUUCGCAGCGUUAGUGCCCAAAACAGCCCCAGCUGCUGCCCCGCCGGUGGACAUCAAGAUGAGGGUGGCCCGCUUCGUGAUGCGCAGCGCGGGCUCCCUGAUUCCCCGCGAGGUCGAGCAUUUCUCGCGCUACAGCCCGUCUCCGCUGUCCAUGAAGCAGCUGCUGGACUUUGGUUCAGAAAGCGCAUGUGAAAGAACUUCUUUUGCAUUUUUGCGACAAGAAUUGCCUGUGAGGCUCGCCAAUAUUCUGAAGGAAAUUGAUAUUCUCCCUGAUCAAUUAAUAAAUACUGCUUCAGUGCAGUUAGUUAAAAGCUGGUAUAUCCAGAGCCUGAUGGAUUUGGUGGAAUUCCAUGAGAGAAACCCAGAAGACCAGAAAGUGUUGUCAGAUUUUGUAGAUACUCUCAUCGAAGUUAGAAAUAGACACCAUAAUGUUGUCCCUACAAUGGCACAAGGAAUCAUAGAAUUUAAAGAUGGCUGUACAGUUGACCCAAUCACCAACCAAAAUCUUCAAUAUUUCUUGGAUCGAUUUUACAUGAACCGUAUUUCUACACGGAUGCUAAUGAACCAGCACAUUCUUAUAUUUAGCGACUUACAGACAAGAAACCCAAGCCACAUUGGAAGCAUUGAUCCAAAAUGUGAUGUAGUAGCAGUGGUCCAAGAUGCCUUUGAGUGUUCGAGGAUGCUUUGUGAUCAGUAUUAUUUAACAUCUCCAGAAUUAAAGCUCACACAAGUGAAUGAAAAAUUUCCAGGGCAACCGAUCCACAUUGUGUAUGUUUCUUCUCACCUUCAUCAUAUGCUCUUUGAACUAUUCAAGAAUGCAAUGAGGGCAACAGUUGAACACCAGGAAAACCAGCCUUCCCUUACACCAAUUGAGGUGAUUGUUGUCUUGGGGAAAGAAGAUCUUACAAUUAAGAUUUCAGACAGAGGAGGUGGUGUCCCCCUGAGGAUCAUCGACCGCCUCUUUAGUUAUACAUAUUCCACUGCACCGACGCCUGUGAUGGAUAAUUCCCGGAAUGCUCCUUUGGCUGGUUUUGGUUAUGGCUUGCCGAUUUCUCGUCUCUAUGCCAAGUACUUUCAGGGAGAUCUGAAUCUCUACUCUUUAUCAGGAUAUGGAACAGAUGCGAUCAUUUACUUAAAGGCUUUGUCUUCUGAGUCUAUAGAAAAACUCCCAGUCUUUAAUAAAUCAGCUUUCAAACAUUAUCAGAUGAGCAAUGAGGCUGAUGACUGGUGUGUCCCAAGUAAGGAACCAAAGAACCUGGCGAAUGAAAAAGUGGCCGUGUGAAGAGAGACACUCAGGACACUUUAAGGGAUCAAAGUGCGUCUACAGCAGUGCUGCUUCUUGAAUGUUUGCAUGUGAACUCUCGUUCCCUCAAAAACAAGCAACAGCAACAAAAAAACUUCUUGACAGGACACUGAAAAGAAGAGGAACAAAACUCAUUUCCGUGACCCAGGAAAGCACAGUGCAGGACAAUAGGAGUUAACAGCUAGCCAGCUCUUUAUUCUUUUAGCUUAGAAUAAUGCUUGGGUUGAUAUCAAAUCCUAAAGAAAAUAGAAGCUUCACUAUCUUCUUUAUCUCUUUAUCAACAAGAAUGGGAAAGGGAGUGAAGUGAAGAUAUGGGCUAGCGGUUGCAGUAGACUGAUAUUUUAGACCUCCGGUUGACAAGGUAUAAGGUAUUAGUAUUUAUUGAUUAUCGAGUGUCAAUUAUACCAGUAUUUUCCUGCCUUUCAAAAGAGUAAGGCUUAGUUUACACUGUAUGAUUAGACAUGGAUGUAAAUGUACAUUUUGUAUGUAUCUAUGUGCUCUAGAGAGGAAAAACUGGUGACUAAAAUAACAUUUACUUUGAAUGAGAAAUGAGUUCAAACGUUUUAUUCAAAGUUGCAGCCAAGGCACUGAGCCUAUGUAAAAACUCAGAAGAAAGCCUUUUCUGUUAAAUGCGGGGCCUUGAUUAUGCUGCGGUCCCUGUUCACACUUCACAUAAUAAGUGAACACUUACUGCCAGGUGCCUAGUCUCUGACGAAUUUUAAAAUAUGCACUGAAUUCAGGAUGUUGGUGGUUAGAGAGAAUGCCAAAGUGAUAGCAAAAAUAUCUUUCACCUUGUUUUGUUAGUAAGUGAAACAGUAGAUUGGAAAAGCUAAUGUUUGAGCAAGAAAUUAUAUACUCAGAACCUAACUCAGUAGGAAGAGCUGUUCUCUACCCUGCAGUGGCGGUAAUACAAAGGCAUCCAUUUUCUAGGUUUAAAAAGAUGUAUAUUUGAUAUGCUAAAUUAUACUCUCUACACUCCAGCAUUAACAUGUCUGUAAAAAAUUCUGUUUAUCAAAUUGCUCGAGAACACUAGAAUUUAAAUACUUCUUGGAGUAAUUUUAACAAGUAGCCUAGGAGUAAGAGGAUUUCAUGCCAGGAUGUUUUCAUUUGUGAAUCAUUGAGAUUAAGCGCUAAUGAAUGAAAACUAUAAUGCAUAUGGAACAUUUGGGAGUUCAGGUAUAAUGUGCAUGUUGACAGGGUAGUCGAGUACAUUACUCGUAGAGAAGGAAUUAAAAAAAAAAAGGAGAGAAGGAAGGAAGGAUAGAUGGGAGGAAGGAAAGAUUGGAGGAGGGAGAGAGAAAAGCAGGGAAGCAGAAGGCAGGUGUCUUGCUAUAUUCCCCACAAGUUAUUUCAAGAAAUGAUCCACAUUUUCAUGGAUAUAUUAUUAGCAAGAGGACGAAUUGGUGUCUUUCAAAACAGUAUGACUUCUUUAAACGACUCUCUCACUCAUAUAAGAUAUUAGCCUUUAAUGAGAUAAUAAACUCAUUUGUGUCAAAUUGACAUUUAAACUGGGAUGUAGAAAAAAAAUGACUUUUCUGCAUUGGAAAAUAAUCAGUACUGUUUGUGCGUUGAACUUAACAUUUUUGUUUAAUUUUUUCAUGGCCUAGUGUUUUGGUGCUUCUGGGAGUGGCCAUAGAAGUCUCAAACUAUUUGUAAAUUUCAUUGUCAGAUUUUUAUCAUCAGAAGUCCUAGAUACUGACUUCUUGAUGGUGGGAUUCUGGCUUAUGCAUUUAUUGAUUAUACAGAACGAUUUGCAAUAGGUUAUUUGACUUUUCAGUUUUUAUUGAAAUUUAAAUAGUUUUUUCAUGUAAAUAAUUGUAUUUACCAAAGAUUUAAAGCAGUCGAUUAAUUAACCCAACACUGUGAAGUAUCUUUAAAACACUAGAGGAAAAGAAAUGUUGGUACCUCAAUAGCAUCAGCUGUGUAAAUGGAGUUCUGUAAAAUAGAAAUAGUCUACAUGGGUAUUUGUGAAAUUUGUGAAGGAGCUUUAAGAUCUAGUGAAUGGAUACUGAACAUUCAGACUCACUUAAAUUAUUAAUGUAUAAAUUGUGUUUUUGCCUCCAGGCUUUGUACAG